AUGCAAAUAAUAUAUGUUAGAAUUGGCAGUACGAAUUCAUCAUCUGGAGGUACUCAGUAUCAGGCUACGUCAUUCUACGCCCACCCUGGCUAUAAUAGCCGAACAAGUGAUUACGACGCUGGUGUGGUGAGAAUACGAGGGGGAAUGAACUUGGAUGGAACUAACGCUAGAGCUAUACCUCUGGUUAAUGUGGGUUAUGAUCCGAAAGAGGGAGCUGAAGUGAUUCUCACUGGUUGGGGUGCUACUUCCCAAAACGGCAGCACUAGUAAUACUUUGAUGGUAGUUCAAGUACCUGUUGUUUCUCGAACGCAAUGCAAUGAAAUCUUGAGGAACAGUAUCACUAAUAGAAUGUUUUGCGCUGGGCUCAAUGAAGGUGGGAAGGACACGUGUCAGGGGGAUUCCGGUGGUCCUGCUGUGACCAGUUCAUCUAACAGGCUAGCAGGCAUAACCUGUUUCGGUUUUGGAUGUGCUCAACCCGAUUCACCUGGAGUAUACACCCUUGUUGGUGCUAAAAGUUAUCACAAAAUCGGACUUGAUGACGGCAAUGAUGAAAAGAUAGUCGGUGGUGAGGAAACAACUAUUCCAAACCAUCCAUACCAAGCGUUUUUAAAGCUGUACGACGGUGAAGAUUACUAUGGAUGUGGUGGAUCUAUUGUUAGUAAAUAUUAUGUAGUGACUGCAGCACACUGUUUAGCGAGAAUGCAGAAAAUUUACCUUAGAAUUGGCAGUACCCAGAAAUAUUCUGGAGGCACUGAAUAUGAGACAACGACGUUCUAUUCUCAUCCUCGUUAUAAAAGUCCCGAUUUUGACUACGACGUUGGGGUUGUCAAUAUACCUAAGGGGAUGGACUUGGAUGGAACUAAAGCCAGCACAAUACGUUUAGUUGGUUUCGGCAAUGAUCCGCAAGACGGUGAGGACGUUACUCUCACUGGUUGGGGUGACACCGCCGAAAAUGGUACUAGUUCUAAUAUUUUGAGGGUUGUUGAAGUACCAAUUGUUAAUCGAACGCGAUGUAAUGAGCUGCUGAAUUAUCGAAUUACAUCCAGGAUGUUUUGUGCUGGUACCGAAGAAGGUGGAAAGGAUACAUGUCAGGGAGAUUCUGGUGGUCCAGCUGUUAUUAACUCAAGCGGUCAAUUAGCAGGAAUAAUCUCUUUUGGGUUUGGGUGUGGCCAACCAAAUUCUCCCGGCGUCUACACCCGAGUAGGGAAUAUGGAGAUAAGAUUCUAUCUAGCUUUAUUUGGGCUGUAA